CCAAUAAAUAAAGCCUUAUUUACAAGUCUCGCACUCAUUCACUCUAUUUGCCUAAGAUAACGUUAUGGACAUAAUACAAAUAUUAACUACCUGCUGCUUGCAAUAAAAGAUGUUUCCCUUCCGAGAGUAUAAAAGCCGGUAGAUUCCAUUCAAACAUUUCAGUUAGUCCUAAAACAUGAUCAUGUGUAUCAAAGCGUCUUUCGGUUUCAUAAUCGUAGCUCUGAUUUUGGGAUGUGCAAAUGCACAGACGUGUACGCCGCCUUUUAGUCAAGUUGGAAACAAGUGCUACCACGUAGUCUUACAAAAGGCCAACUGGCAUGUCGCCGACCGCACCUGUCGAAAACUUGGUGCCGAACUAAUGGUGCUUGACAAUCAAGAGGACAAACUCCUUACAACGGAAUUCCUGAAGAGUAUAGGGCUUUCCUUCACCCAAAACUGGCAUCAUUCCGUUUGGGCUGGCAUCAAUUGCUUGGGUAACCGGCGUACCUUCCUUCUCGCGAAGAACGGCGAUGCUGUGCCGUACCUAAACUGGGUGCCCCGGGAGCCAAACAACGCUUCUCCCGAAGAGGAUUGUGUGGGAUUCGCCAACUACAACGGAGCUUUUGGAUAUCACGAUAUUGAGUGCAAGGUUCAGUUUCCAUUUGUGUGCCAGAGGGAACCUGCAGCGAACUAUCUCUGUCUUAAGCGGGAUGUCUUCAUUGAGAUCCUUUUGUAGGGCAUUCAAUUUCAAGUUAUCACGAAUUUACAAAUGAACCUCGCAAAUGAAUAAAUGUGAAUUUCA